UUCUUCCCCUUCUCUUCUCAUCUGGUAAGAACACAAGCAAAAAGAACAGAGAUUCUUUUCUUGGUGUCUAGAAUAAAACUAAGUAGAUGAGAAGCUAGUAGGGAAGGGAGGAGGAGAUGCAAACCGAGACAGCAUAGUAGAACCGCAAAGCAAUAGAGCAAUAUCAGUAGAUUACUCACUCUGCAAUCCUGCCGCAUUAGCUUGUACCAAGCAGUGUGGUUCUUGGGCACUAUAGAAUGACGCCAAGGUUCGACUUCGCUGCAUCCAUGCUUCUCUGCUCAGAGGACAGCACCACCGUUUUCGACCUUGAGGAGGAGAGCGAGGAGAUUUCGUGGGUUCUUCGGCCGCCGUCGCGCCAUGCCGACGCUUCUUCUGGGUUCUUGUUGAUUGACUUUCCGCUGCAGUCGGAGAGUUUCAUCGAUGAGCUCCUGGAGAGGGAGGAGGGGCACCUGCCCAUGGAGGGCUACGCCCAGCGGCUCCUGCAGCAACCUGGCGGGUUGGAUUUGGUGGCCUUCAGGAGCGCCGCCAUUGACUGGAUUUGGAAGGUCCAUGAGCAUUACAAGUUCGGACCUUUGACGGUUGUCUUGUCUGUGAACUACCUAGAUCGGUUCCUCUCUUUGUGCGAUUUUCCUCUAGGGAGAGCUUGGGUGACACAACUCUUAGCAGUGGCUGUAUUGUCCUUGGCUGCAAAAAUGGAGGAAACAAUUGUCCUAAAUCCUCUAGACUUGCAGGUGGUCGAUGCGGAGUAUGUAUUUGAUCCUACGACUGUGCACAGGAUGGAGCAUGUGGUGCUCAACACCCUGAGUUGGAGGAUGCAAGCUGUGACUGCUUGCUCAUUUAUUGACUACUAUCUUCACAAAUUCAGUGAUGGUGAUGCGGUAUCCGAAAUCAUACUUGCUCGCUCAAUUCAACUUAUCUUGAGCACAUCUAAAGCUGCUGAAUUCAUGGCAUUCAGACCGUCAGAGAUUGCCGCAAGUGUGGCUCUUGUGGCAUUGGGGAAAUAUGACAGUUCAGUACUUGAGAGUGUGGUGACUUGUUGCAAACAAUUAAGAAAGGAGAGGAUAUUAGGAUGCUACGAAGUGAUUCAAGAAAAGAUUGGUAUGGGAGACAUUAUUCUCAAGUCAAUUGGCUCUUCAGCUUUCCCCGAGCAGCAUAGGCCCAUAGGUGUGCUGGAUGUAGCUGCAUGCGAAAGCCAAAAAAGUGAUGGCGUCAGUGUAGGAAUUGCUCUAGUACACGAUGAAGCUCCAUCAGCAAGCAAAAGGAGAAGGAUUUGCAGAUGAUUGAUCUCAUGGUCAGGUGCUUCACUCCCAACUAUUGCUUCAAGCAUGUCAAUCUAAUUCAGCCACUCGGAAGAAUUGGUAUGCCCAAGUUGUUUUGAGGAUUCAAAGAAGCAAGAGAAAACAUGGACCAUGUUUGGCCCCCUAAAAUGGCAAAAGCCAAUUGACUUGCAGCGGAUUUUGAGUUUUUUCGCAGUUCACAAAAGUCUUGGGCGUGCAAAACUAUUUGAUGAUCCGGUGAUGGUAUUGGUUAUUGGCUGAUUGGUUGAGGUAGAUAGCGGAAUUGAAUCAUGAACUCCAUGUGCUGUAGAGAUGAGAGUUCUUUUGUUGCAUUUUGUAUUCAUGCUCACUUGUUUGCUUUUUUGAGAACCUGGGAGAGGGAUGCUUUGAUGUGGGUAAUGGAAAUACAAGGAAGAAAACAAAAAACAAAUUGAGGAGGAAA